UUUCCGGUGUUUUUUUCUUUAGCCUCCAAGUCUCUCAAUUUCUCUUAUAACGAGUGAGUACAUACUUCACCUAUUUUCAUUACACAAAAUACUACCUAUAGAAAACAAACAUGGAUUCAUUUGGAGUUCUAAAUAGAAUAACUUUCUGUCAAGCAAAUGGUAAACGAUGGAUUUUUAUUUCCGUACUUGGUUUCGUUUUUAUAUUGGGACUAGCGAUUUUGAUAUCCUCCAUCGCGUAUCUUCACAACUACAAUAAAGACGAAAACGUUCAGGAAUCUACUGUUUCUUCACAACAUGCGUCAUUAAAACACGCGGCACCAAAAUCCCUGGAAAGGACGUCGGCGUUUCGAAAGCCAUCAGUGGGAGACCGCUGUUCCUCUAACGUCAAUUGUCCAGAUAACGCUGUUUGUGACGGAGGAACGUGUGCUUGUAAUGGAACGUAUCUAGUCAGCGGAAAAGUUUGCCAUAAUGUGACAAACUUGGCACUCGGAAAGACAGUUUUCGCAAGUUCUAAUUUUUUUGGAGCGUACACAAACAAAGGAUGGCAAAAUGUGGUCGAUGGACGAACACGUGUCGCCGAUUUCAAUUUAUUAUUUCAUACCAGUUUUGAACUUUACCCGUGGUUGACUGUCACACUGGGAAGACUAAGCAUCGUAAAAAGCAUCACAAUCUAUAAUAGGAUCCAUGGCAACGGCAGAUGGCUGCAUGACGUUGAAACCCGGGUUGGAAACUCCUCUGACUGGGCUCAGAUGUCCACCUGUGGAACGUUCGUGGGACCCAGUAUGACGGGAGGAGUUCACAUCAUGGAGUGCAGGAAGCUCUUGUAUGGAAUGUUCGUCACCGUGAAAAUUGUCAAACCAAACCACAUAACAGGCGACCCCAACGCUAGUGGCGGGAGAAAUUGCCUGGUGUUGGAGGAAGUUGUCAUCGCUGGAAUCGUGGUGUGAACCGGACUGUGAAAUCAAUUGGAUCCACCCCACGACCGCCCGACAUUCUAUCAAAGUCUUAAAAUGAUCAUAUACAUGUAUAUGUAAAUUAAAAUCAAAACUUUCCGACGAACUACAAACACUUGGAUGCUGUUACAGUUAAAAUAAAAAAAAAAACUCAUACAAAGUUUCACCUGCUAGAAUCUUUACCUCAUUUAAUAGUUUCAUAGUAUAUAAAAUGUUCACAUUGAA